AUUAAAAUGGUAUUAAAUAUAUUUGUAUUCAUAGCCUAAAGCUCCAAAAACAUCUAAAGCUAAGAAAUAAUAAAAGAGAGUGGCUGACAGAAAAAAGAAUCCUUUAUUUGUUAAGGAAGCUAAAAAUUUCAGAAUUGGCAAUGAUGUUCAACCAAAACGAGAUCUAUCCAGAUAUGUUAGAUGGCCUAGAUACAUCUUAUUGCAUAGAUAAAAGAAGAUCUUACUUCAAAGAAUCAAAGUGCCAGCUGCAAUCCAUUAAUUCAGCAGAACAUUAGAUAAAAAUUAAUGUAAAAUACCUAUAUCUAAACUUAUCAGCUUCUAAAGUCUUGAGUUUAUUGAGGAAAUACUCACCAGAAACCAAAACUGAAAAGAAACAAAGACUAACAAAGUUAGCCGAUUAAAAAGCAUAAGCUUAAAAGGGAGAAUCAAAGAAAGUGUAAGUCUUGAAAUUUGGUCUUAACCAUGUCACUACAUUGGUCGAAACUAAAAAAGCAAAACUAGUGUUAAUUGCUUAUGAUGUAGAUCCAAUUGAAUUAGUAGUCUGGUUACCCUAAUUAUGUAGAAGACAAGAAGUUCCCUUCUGUUUCAUUAAAAGUAUAGAUGUUUAUGAUUCACUCCUAGACAAGGCCAGAUUGGGAGCAUUGGUUCAUUAGAAAACAGCUACUUGUGUUGCUUUGACUGAUGUCAGAAAGGAGGAUCAAGCUGAAUUCGAUAAUUUAGUAAUGAAUUAAAUAAAAUUGAAAGGCUCGUGACUUGAGAUAACAUUACAAUGAAAACCAUGAACUUUUGAGAACAAUAGGAGGAGGACAAGUAGGAAUAAAGUCAAGACAUCAAUAGGAAGCAAUUAAGAAAGCUUUUGAAUUGGAAGAGUUAAAAAAGACAUCACAAUGAACAUUCUUAC